GUAAAGAUAAUUUUCCACAGACAGUGUAUCUUAGAUUUUGUUUACAUUGGUAGCAAGUGAAUGUAUGUGUUGCCUAUCAUUAUUACGUUUCUCAUUAUCUUUAGGCGUCGGGUGUAACCAAGACAAUGAAUAUCGUAUCUUAAAUAAAACGAAACAACAGGUAUUCUUCGCUACUGAAGAAACGACAUGUUGCUGUAGAUGCCUAUGCGGUCCAGCACGAUCAUUCAACAUCUACUUGCAAAAUAAGCACGGACAGGAGAUAGUGCGAUUCGUGCGGCCGGUCCGGUGCGAUGGAUGCUGCUGUAUGUGCUGUAUGAUGCGACUCAUGAUACAGACACCAGAUGGAGAAGUGUUGGGAUAUGUCAAACAAAAGUGGAAAUUGUUUGGGGCAAAGGUUGUUGUUGAAACAUUCGAUGGAAAGCCAAUUUUGGAAAUUGUCACAUCUUGCUGUCCUUGUCGAUGUUUCCGUGAUAUGGAAUUUAAAGUGUUUGCAUUAGAAACGGAGGAAGAGGGUGCAAUAAAGAAACAGUGGCGAGGAAAAAAGGAUACCCUGAAUGUUGAUCACGAACAGUUCAUUAUAAAUUUUCCAUCGAAUCUUGACGUUAUUGGGAAGACUUUGCUGAUUGGUGCAAGUUUUCUUAUGGACUUUAUGUUCUUCGAAAUGACAUGAGAUGAAAAAGUGAUGUUGCGUUGGGUUUGCAAAACAAGGAGGGAUCAUUGAUGGCAGAUCUUCAAACCCUGCUCCCUGCUCAAACAUAAUAUUUCUACAGUGCAACCGAUAUCAACAGAUAGCAUAUGAGUUCAACGACACAACGGAGAUUUUUUUUAUCGACUUAGGUGGCGCCAGGAUUUGCCCGACGGGGGAGGGGGUCCCAUAUCCCUGACUAGAGCAAAGUGGUCCAGCGGCCGGGGGCGUUAUAAUAUAAUAUAUGAUAUUGA